AUGGUGGGGCCUGAUCAAGAUCUCAUCGUGGCAGCCACUGAAUUUGUCUUGUCCCGAGAACAAGCCUAUGCCAACGCCCAAAUCCACGCCCGUUGGAAGAUGCGGGGCGUGGGCCACCUAUACCAUUACCACAAUUUAACACUGGCAGCCCUGGGCACCCAAAAUGCUGUUCUCAUCUUCAAUGUCCAUCCUGUCACUUCCCGGUCCUUUCAAGACUGCCACCUGAUUACUCUCUGGGCCAUUGUCCAAGGGCCUGAGGUCUUUGCUGGAAUGCCACAAGCAAUCAAUAUUACACAUACUGGUACUAGUACCACCAAUGACAAUGACAACCACAAUGACAACCACAACAAGUACAAGUGCUACUGGAAAUUCCAGUUUGCAAAUGGUGGACAACAGCAAGCAGUACUUCCAGGAAACUACACUGUCAAUGUCAAACUCAUGCAGUGGAAUGGCAUGGCCAAAGUGCAGCUCUAUGCAGCCCCACAAUUUAGUGGGCAAGGCAGCGAUUCGCAGUAUGGGCCAGUAUCAUCGCAAUGUCCUCAUACUCACACGGGACAAUUCAUUUCCACAGAGGCAUACCAAAAGGCACCUUUCAACACCACCUUGAUUGGAUUCAAAUUCUAUGAACCCUUGUCGGCGUGUUGCGAAAUGUGCCGAAGAACUCCAUUGUGCCAAUACUGGGCCACUCCACCUCACCAGUUGCCACUGCCCUCUAGAUCUGGGAAUGGUUGUGAGUUGUUCUUCCACCAAGCAGCACAAGAUGUUCCGCAUUCACAAGUUCUGGAGGAAACCAUUCGCAAACAACACACUCUCGUUGCACAAGAAAAAGCUGCAGCGCCAGCCAACAACAACAAUCCACAGACCACUGCUAAAAGUGUCGUCAAAGCCUGGGGAAGUCCCCAAAGUGACAAUGAUCAAGUGGCCUAUUUUCUGGGAUGUGGAUGGACACAAGAUGAAUAUGUUGCAAUCAAUACUAAUGAAUUUAGUUUGACAAACCAACGAUAUCGACUGGACAACAACGAUAACCAUACUGCCACAAAUCCAACUUCCAGACAAAUCAUUGGACGAUGGAUUCAAAAACCGCAUCCCACCACGGACGACUGUCCCAUGCCAUACGAGAUUCUAAAAGGUCCAUACAGUUCUCAAAAUGCCAUUUCAAGACCGGAUCCUAAUCGACCAUAUUGUUGGUACCGGGACGAUUUGUCGCUUUUGAACAAGCACAAACCAUGCAAACAAAUCAACUGCAGACAACACGGCCAACAACAACAACAACAACAACAACAACAACAACAACAACAACAAACCACCAGCCACAAACAAUAUCAACAAGAGUGGAUGGCUGUGUGGAACAAUUAUCAUUGUGAUUACAUGGACUUUACCGACCAGCAAUUGUCGCAGUGCUUUCAAACUCUCAAGAUUGCUUCCAUUGACACGAGAGGGGCAUCCAUUUCUGGCUUUAUGAAGAAAUACUUUCUGACACGGCUGGCCAAUGUGACAAUGUAUUCCCCAGCACAAAAUAAUAAUGAUCCCGAAGCCAAGUACGUUUGGGUCAAGACAUUGCACUGGCCACAUCUCUUGUGGCAUCAAAGCAUGGACGCAUGGGAGGCCACACUGCAAAAAGAAAAGCGAAAAGCCCAUGAAAUCGUGUUUUGGAUCACUCCCUUUUUCAUCAGUAGUGAACGGGAAACCUACUUGCAUCUAGGACGGGCCAUGCAGUUCAUGGAUGUUGCAGAACAAGUCUUGACGCCCAAGGGAUAUCAAAUGAUCAAUCUUUUUGAUCCUUCAGCAGCAUUCACGUACGACACUGCAGGGCAACAGGACGGGCUUCAUAUUAUUGGGCCACCAAUGAAAUUGGCUGUGACCAAGGUGUUCCAUCAUUUGUGCUCCAAGGUUGUUGAGGGGACUCGAAUCUAG